AUGGCGAUUGAAAAGAGUGGCUUUAAAGUAGCUCGUUUUCAUUCGGAGUUUCAUUCGCCACAUUCUAAGCAUAUGCCCAUGUCUAGAGAUGAUGAUGAAGAUUUUCAGAGGCGAAUCUCUGUCCCUGGUGUCGAGUCUGAUGAUGGUGAUGAUGAAUUUGACGACUGUGAUUCAGGAGCAGGUUCUGAUGAUUUCGAUUUACUAGAGUUAGGCGAAACUGGUGAGGAAUUUUGCCAGGCAGGUGAUCAAACGCGGAGCAUACCCUAUGAGCUGUUUGAUCUUCCGGGUUUAAAAGAUGUGUUGUCUAUGGAAGUGUGGAAUGAGAUUCUCUCUGAGGAGGAAAGAUUCGCUCUUUCCAAGUAUUUACCUGAUGUUGAUCAUGAGAAUUUCAUGUGGACCCUGAAAGAACUUUUCUCUGGUGAUAGCCUGCAUUUUGGGAGCCCUAUCGACAAACUGUUUGAGAUGUUGAAGGGAGGGUUGUGCGAGCCAAGGGUGGCCCUUUACAGACAAGGUCUGAAUUUCUUGCAGAGAAGAAGGCAUUAUCAUAACUUGCGAAAGCAUCAUAAUGCUAUGGUGAACAAUCUCUGUCAAAUAAGGGACGCGUGGCUGAAUUACGAGGGUUCCAGUAUUGAGGAGAAGCUUCGUGUGUUGAACAUUAUGAGGAGUCAGAAGAGUUUGAUGAACGAGAACAUGGAAGAGUAUGGAAGUGAGUCAUCUAACGGAGAAGAGUCUGGUGAUGCUCUGUGGGAUAAAAAGAUGAAUGAUCGGAAGCUGAGGAAGAAGGCAAAUCGCUAUUCUGGGUAUGGCAUGGGUCUUGCCUCUGAUGUUUCUUCUCAUGGACGGAAAACUGCCCUGGAGCCAGGCAAAUAUGGGAACUGCAAUCCGCGAGGAACAUUGAAGUUGUCUGGACCAAAAAGCACUUCAGUGAAAGAGCUUUCUGAGCCAUUCCUUUUAAUUCCACCCAAAGUCGAAAUAAAGACAGGGAGAUACGGUUUGGGGCCCCCUGUUCCUUUGUAUAAUAAUGAAUCCACGUAUGAGCAUACUCUAGAGGAUGAGGAUGGGGCUGAAAUUAAGGUUGAUGACUCUGGAGCUUCUAAAUGGAAAAACCGAAAAGGCCCAAAAGCUGAAGAUGAUAAAGGAAGCUUAGUGGGAGUCCCUAUCUCAGCAAGGAACAAUUUACGUGCUCUUGGCAGGAGUAAGGGUAUUAAUAAGUUGUCCGACAUCAAGUUGUUGACUGUGAAACCGUCUAAUGUGAUAGACAUGUAUGAGGGAGGUACAAAGGUGAAGUACGCUGAGAAUCUUCAGCAAUUUAAUGCUGAUAAUAGGGUAAAGCUUGGUAAAGGUCAGAAGUCGUGUUUGUUCUUAAGUGGAAGUCAAAGGGAUCUUUUAGAUGCAAAUGAUCCAACAUGGCUCGGUGGACAAGUAGGGCUGUUUCCUGCUGAUUUAUCAAGUAAACCUAGUGGGUCUAAUGCAAAAACUAAGAGGUCAAAGAUGGGUAGGGAAGCUGUUGAUCUAAUUGGAAAAGAUAGAUUACUGCAUACCAACUACAGACCUAAUUUUCCGCCGGAUAAGUUCGAUACAGGAUCUUUCCAUGGAAGAAGAAAUGAGGCAGGUAACAGAGUUUUCAGUAGAAUAUCCAGAAGCGAAGACACUGAAUCAGAUUCAUCAGAAUAUCUGGAUGAGGAUAAAGAUGACAAUCCGUUGAUGAGGAGCAGGUGGGCAUACCCUGGUGGCGAGCCAGACCAAAAAUUUGUUCCAGAUACGAAAAAUACCCAACUUCUCAAGAGAGAUACGAAAAACACUUGUUUAACUAGUGAUGGAUCGCCACACUUCACUCGGAAGAUGGAAAAUUAUGGAGGAACUCAUCUGAUGAUUCAUCCAGGACAGAAGGGUAAGAUGCAUGAUGUUGGCAAUGUUUUGCCACCGAAAGAUUCUGAUAGGAACUAUUUCCCAGGAGUAACUGGUGUGGAUGAUCGGCAACAAUUCUACCAGUUGGAACUAAAUGGUCAUGUAGAAGAGAAUCAUGGGUACGAUUACCAAAUGCCAUCACUGAAAUCCCCCCUGGCGCUUGAGAAAAGGCAAAAGGAGGAUGUUUCCCGAGAUGUCAGUCUUCCUAAGUCCAGUUAUAUGCAAAACAAUAAAUUUGAAGAAUACAUGGCACGGCCUCUGGUAGCUGAUAUUGGGGUUCCUCUCAAGUUACGGAAGAAAGGUCAGACGGUUGACAAUUCUGCUGGUUAUCAACCAGACAGAUCCAAUGUUCCGUUGAUUGGGUGUGAAACUCUCUCCAAGAAGAGGAAAGUAAAGAUGGACUUAACAUACAUGGACCUACGAGAUCAUCAAGAGCACCUUAAUGCUGAUACCGAGCUGCAACUUGGUAAUAUCAGCUCUUCCAAGAAACGUGGAAAUAACAAGCUUGAAGAUGUUUCCGAUUCUCCAAGGAAUGCAGUUUCUGAGCCGGCUGCGGUCGAAAUGGAAAUGGAAGAUGUUGAGGCUGAAACUAAACUACAGAAAAAAUCCUUUCCUCUAGUAACGCCUACUGUUCACAGUGGCUUCUCCUUUUCCAUUAUACAUCUUCUUUCAGCUGUUCGUAUGGCUAUGAUCACGAUGCUUCCAGAAGAUUCUUCAGAGGCUGAAAAGCAUCUCAAUAAUAAUGCUUCCGAACAAGGAUGCAAGGAUGAGAAUACAGAUGCCAACACUUCUGAGCCUUCAGCCCAAUCAAGCGUCCCUUCUCUCACUGUUCAGGAAAUCGUUACCCGUGUUCGAUCAAACCCCGGCGAUCCCUGUAUUCUCGAAACACAAGAACCACUUCACGAUCUGAUCAGAGGCGUUUUGAAAAUAUUCUCAUCCCGGACUGCACCUUUGGCGGCAAAGGGGUGGAAACCGCUCGUCGUCUAUAAGAAGCCAACGAAAAGCUGGUUAUGGACUGGUGGUACUCUCUCUCAAACAUUUUCCAACUCCGAGAUAGUCAUGGAGGAGGUGACUUCACCUGAUGCGUGGUGCCUUCCUCACACAACACUCGUCAAGUUGGUCGACUCUUUCGCCAACUGGCUGAAAAACAGCCAGGAAACGCUUCGGCAGAUCGGGUCCCUUCCCGACCCGCCACUGACGCUGCUGCAAAUCAAUCUCGACGAGAAGGAGAGGUUCAAGGACCUAAGAGCCCAGAAGAGUCUGAACACCAUAGGCUCAAGCUCCGAAGAAGUCAAAGCCUACUUCCGGAAAGAGGAAGUCCUUCGGUAUCUAAUACCAGACCGAGCCUUCUCGUACACGGCUGCCGACGGCAAGAAAACGAUAGUCGCCCCUCUGCGGAGGGGCGGCGGCAAGCCCACGUCGAAAGCCCGCGACCAUUUCAUGCUGAAGCGCGACCGGCCGCCACAUGUCACUAUCCUGUGCCUCGUGAGGGAUGCAGCUGCCCGGCUGCCUGGGAGCAUAGGCACGAGGGCCGAUGUGUGCACGUUGAUUCGGGACUCGCAGUACGUUGUGGAGGAUGUAUCUGAUGCGCAGGUGAAUCAGGUGGUCAGUGGUGCAUUGGACCGGCUGCAUUACGAGCGGGACCCUUGUGUUCAGUUUGAUGGUGAGAGGAAACUUUGGGUGUACUUGCAUAGGGAUCGAGAGGAGGAGGAUUUCGAGGAUGAUGGGACUUCAUCCACCAAGAAAUGGAGACGGCCGAAGAAAGAAGUGAUUGAGAAUGUGGAGCCGUUGUUGUUUGGGGAAGAUGAUAAGAGAACGGAGCAUGAUUAUGAAAAUGGUGGUGGUAAUAAUGAUGUGGCGGAGGAAGAUGCUGGGCCUGGCCUGAGGUUGAAGUCGGUUGCCGAGGAGGAUAAGUUGUUAUGUGAAGAAAACUCGAUGAAUGAUGAUGGGGAUGCAUAUGGUAGGGAGUGA